CGGCCGAAUCUCUCUCUCUCUCUCUCUCUCUCAAUCCUCAUUUUUUGAUAAUUCCAUUCCUUCCCUCCACAUACCGCAGCCAAAGCCAGCGCAAGACAUGGGCGUUUUCCAUCCCAAAACAUUCAUCCUCUUCUUCUUCCUCCUCCUCCUCAUUCCACCCGCUUUUGCAGAUGAUAAUCAAAUAAAUUCUCUACCUGGUGUCAAUACUUCUUCUUCUUCCUCCCCUCCUCCUCUAAGUAUGCCGGAAUACUCCCCGUUCAAACCCACCAUUGCUAUCAUUGUGGGUGUCCUCACCACUAUGUUUUCGAUCAUCUUUCUCCUCCUCCUUUAUGCCAAGCACUGCCAACGCAACCGUUCCUUGCCAAAUUCAAGCGGGCUGGCUCCCGCUCCAAGGAAGAACUCGGGGAUCCACCGCGCCGUCAUCGAGUCCCUCCCCAUUUUCCGCUUCAGCUCCCUUAGAGGUGAGAAGGACGGACUCGAGUGCGCCGUUUGCUUAAACAAAUUUGAACCCACGGAGGUGCUCCGACUCCUCCCCAAAUGCAAACAUGCUUUUCACGUUGAGUGCGUUGAUACCUGGCUCGACGCUCAUUCUACUUGUCCUCUCUGUAGAUACCGGGUCGACCCGGAAGACAUUCUCCUAAUUGGAGACACCCACGUUCUCCACGAAAACGAGCAGAUACCUCCACAUUCAGAUCCGAUUCUGGACCCGGGGCCAAAAUCAUGGACUCAACCAGUUUCCGGUCGGCAUUCGUCUGCCGGGGAAAGAACAACGGCGUUGUUGCAGAAACCGGGUGACCCAGAAGGGGAACCCGGAUGUUCUCGCAAUCCGGCAUCCUACCGGCGGUCCCUGGAUAGCUCCACCUCGACAAACAUAAACGAAACAGUAAACAUCGCACGCUUCGACCGUCCCAGAAAAGACGGCCUCCUCCUAGGCGACGGAGGAAGGAAGAGUACCGCUUCGGACCGAAAACUGGAGCACCGGAUCAUCGUGUCGGGCGGGACGUCCGCGUUACAGCAAAGAUGGAGCGACGUACAGCCGUCAGAUCUGCUACAUCUACGGUCGGAAAUGAUCAUAAACGAAAGCGAGAGAAGGAUGUCGACGAGCACGUCAGUGAGGAAACAGGAGCAGAGAAAGCGGGGGAGAAUCGAGGAAGGUGACAGAAGCGUAAUAAAGACAAGAAGUGUGUCGGAAAUCAUGGGGUUGGGCAGGUUUUCGUUUUCGAGCAGUGGGCAUCAUCAUCAUCAUCGUCAUCGAGAAAGAGACGGGGUUUUACCGAGAUGGUCGGAUGUCGGGUCGGGGCGUACCGCCAUUGGUAGUAGUUAGCCAAACUUUACUAGCUUUUCAGACUAGGUAGUAGUUUCUACAGUACAGGAUUCAGUUUUCUAAAUUAGCAGGAUAAUUUUUUUAAUGUUAGAGGAUUAAAGAAAAAAAAUGGCAAAAUCAUAUGUUAACCCCUAAACUAAUCUUAGAUUUGCUAACUCUAGAUUUGUUAUUGAAUACUUAAACUUUAAGUGAUGUGUAUCACUUUCUAGGCUCCAUGAUCUAAGUGAUUUAGUUUCUAAUUCUUUAUCAAUGGUAAGAAUGAAGGUUAAAUUGUUCAGAUUGUGGAGUCUAGAGGUUUAUUUAUAUCAAUAAAAAUUUAAGGUUUAAUAGUGAAUUUAAAAUUAGUUUAGGGGGCUUAACAUAUAAUUUUCUUAAAAAGAAAAAACAUUAAAAAUUUUGGGUGAAAAAUAUAGCAGCAAUUUAUUGUGGAUGUAAUGGGAGAAGGAAAUUUAUUGUUGGAGACAAGAAAAUCCCAGAUAGCAACAGCACGUGAUUGGUUUAUUGGAAGAAGACAUGAGAGACAACUGUCAUUAGAUAGAAUAGUGUUUUUUGUUUAGGUUUUAUUGUUUAUAAUUUCAAGGGGUUUGUUGAAUUUAUUUUAAGGGUGUAUGUUAAAAAUAUAUUUAUUAUAUUUUA